AUGCAACAAGAAUCCUCAACAACACCAACACUUGUGGCAAGCUCAGCUCUUCAAGAAGCAAGCACUGAUUUGAAAUCGCACUGGGAAAAUGUUUACGAAACCAAAGCAGAUUCACAAACAAGUUGGUUUCAGGAAAUUCCGGAAACUUCAUUGGAAUUAAUAGAAAAGUUUGGUUCCGCUCUCGAUGUUUCUGAUGCCAACAAGACAUUUAUCGAUGUUGGUUGCGGAAAUUCCCAUCUGAGCUAUGAAAUAAUCAAGAGAGAAAAAGUGACAUUUGGCGAAUAUUUCUUGAUUGACAUUUCAAAGGCAGCUCUUGAAAGAAGUCGAGAAUUAAUGAAAGCUUUGAAUGGAUUGGAAAGAGUUUCAUUCAUUGAAAGUAAUAUUUUGAAAUUGGACUCGGUUUUGAAAGAAGAGCAAAUAAUUGACAUUUGGCAUGACCGAGCCACUUUUCACUUUUUGAAUUCUAUGGAAGAUCAAGUUCAGUACUUAAAAAUUAUGUGCAAAUUGUUAAAGAAGGGCGGUUACUUUCUCAUUUCCACAUUUUCAUCAAAUGGUGGACCAACUAAAUGCAGCGGUCUUCCUAUUACUCAAUACGACACUGGAAAAUGGAUGAAAAUGUUUGAGAAUGUUGAGUGCAAGUUUGAACUUGUUGAAAGUUUCGAACAAGUGCAUACUACACCUUUCAAUACUACUCAAAAUUUCCUCUUUUGUAUUUUCAAGAAAGUUUAA